AUGUGUUCCCAAGGCAAACUGCUGUUUAAAACACUUAAACAGGUAAGGGAUUUUAAGAGGUCAAACUAAAUUGUAAUUCUAGGGAGCUGGGUUUACUGCUUUUAGGCUUUUCUCAUUAUAUUAUAGCCUUCUAAGUCCUUAGGUAACUGGUAUAUCUCUUACUAACUCGCUUUUACCCAAAGUGCUAUGACUUCCUGGAUGGCUGAGUACUAAUUCAAACUUGUCAUUUAAUGUCACUUUUAGUUGAUUUCUGAUUUCCUUUUUUUAAAUCUGCAAAUAGUUGAGCGGUCAAGCUAUUGGAUGGUAUCUAACUUAGUAGUACUGAGAAUAGACCCAUUUAAAUCAAUGGACUUAAGUUAACUUAAGUCUGUUGAUUUCAGUGAGCCUACCAAGUAUGACUAGUUGGAUACCACCCAUUGUUCCUAAUAAUAAAUGUGGAUAUUUCUGUUGGGUAAAUUAAAGUACUGGCUCAAAGGGCUGCUUCACACGUGGCUUUCUAUAUGGUCCAGGACAUCACUUUUCUGUAUUAAAAUCAAUGCAGUCAUGUGAAAAUGCACACUUGGUGUUGUGUGCAUACCUAGAAACAUAAGCAGAUGCUCAUCAUUUGAUCAUGCCUUUUCCUGCAUGGAAUAUAUAUAGGAAGGUCAUUGAAUGUGAAGAGAUAGUCAUACUUAGAUUUUAAGUGAUUCAGAUAUUGUGAGGAUAUUGAAUUCUGGCAAGUGAUACAACAGAUCUGCUUGAGUAAUGAUGGAGCAUAUUAGAACACAGCUUGGUAUCAACAGGCACAGUUUAAAUUUUUGUCACAACUGUCUGGGUUUUGGCAAGUAAUUUGAAUUUCCCCUCAAUUGUCUUUUAAGUACAGAAAGAAAAAAGACCUUUUAAAUAAAGAAAUGGAAAGAGGUGGUUACACAUCCUUUAUCGAAAUCUGAGUAAUUAGGACCAUCACCAGCACAAUCCUGUGCAUGACUCCUUGGAAGUAAAUCCUGUAAAGUUCAGUGGAACUUACUUCCAAGUAAGUGUGUGUAGGAUUGCAGUCUACUCUGAUGGUGCGAAUGCCACAGCUGAUUUAGAUGUUCACACUUGAAAUGCAGUCUGCUAUAUUUACAGUAUUCCUUUAAUGAUUUUUUUCUUAGAGGAUCGUUCAGGUGAAUUGAGUUGAUUCACUUUGAAUUAAAACUACACAGUUGUUUGUACUUUCCCUCUUAUUGUUUACUCCAGUAUCUUUUAAUUGCAGUUCAUUUGUGAUGCUGGGGGAUGCUCUAAUGGCUGCUCCAUAAUAGUGAGUUAUUUCUUCACAGGAUUGGUCAGCCCCUCUGGAUUGGUUAGAGGGACAUCUUUGUCUGAAAGGUAAACUGUACAUUUUUCUUAACAUACUGAAUUCCUGCUGCUUAAGUUGGCUUGGGCUAUGGCAUAUAAGAAUAUGAAAAAAAUGGAUUUAACUCUAAGCAUACCAAGCAGAGAGAAAAGUAUUUAAAUACUGAACCUGCUUCUUUAUAACUAUGCAUUCUAUGGUAAGAAUAUUUUUGAAGUUCUUUGCUUAUCUUGAACUGCACACCAAGUUUGCCAUUCAGUAUAUUAAGAGCGUGAUCCAGCAAAAGUUAAGUCUCAUUAAUAGACUUUCAUUAAGGGGGAGUGAAGAGCAUACAUAUUUUUUCUCAGAAAUCAAUGGGACUGAAAAGUGCUUAGCCAUUGCUCUUUAGCAUUAGUUAAUUUUCAUAAGAAAAUGAUUACAAACAGGAAAAUAUUUAAAAAUAAUGUACAACCAAUUAAAAAAAUAUAACUGACACAACUGAAAGUGGAUUGGUAGAUCAGUGUUUAAGGUUCUAAAUCUUCAAGCUAAGCAUUUCAUUAUAAAACGUAUAUAAGAUACACCAAACAAUAUAAAAUAUUUCUGCACCUCAAUAAGAGAUGGUUUGUAGUUGUAUGCAAACUCUUACUUCUACAUUCUGUCUCUGAAUAUUUGAGAAAUAGCAAUUGCUUACACUUCAGUGUAGUGUCUGAAGGAGGACUGGGAAAAACACCUAUUCUUAAUUAAAAGAAGUAUCAAUUUGAUCCCCAUAGAAUUCACAAACCAGUGUAUAGUUCUAGAUGUUAACGUUAUCUUUUCACAACAAGGGCUACAAAGAACUUUCUCUGUAUUCGUAGGAUGGUAUCCAACUCUGAGUUGACUCCAGAUCAAUGGACUUGGGUAUAACUUAGUUGGAUACCUCCUGUUGCUGUUUUGUUAGGUUGUAAAGGAAAAUAGAUUGGUUGAAAGCUAUUAUCAAUGGAAGCUUAUCUAAAGUGUCUCAUCUAAUACAAAUUUUAAGUUUAGCAAUUGGUAAAAUGUAGAGGUAUGGACAUAAGUUAGUGUCUCGAGUUAUUCUGUUUUAGGUAAUUUGUUAAAACUAAGACGAUAAAAAGUAGGCUGUGAUCUGUGAGUGGUCAUAGACCACUGAUUAUUUUCUGGCAAAUCUCCUUGUACCUGCUGCUUUUUGGGUUAUUGGAAAGAAAGCUGGGAGUGUGUAGACCUUGGUCAACCAGCAGGGCACUUGUUGCACAGGUUAGUUAUGCCCUAAUUUAAAGAUACUCUUAAGUAUGUACUUUUGCUUUGAAAAUUUAAAAGAAGUUGGUGGUCCAUGGGGAUCCAUGGUUAGACCAAACUUCGCUAACUUUGUGACCUCCAGCUAUUUUGGACUGAUGGAAGUUUCAGUCCAAAACAUUUGGCAUGCACCAAGUUGGUGAAGACUAGAUUGGAUCCAACAUGUAAGAAAGACUAACAUUGUUCUUCCCUUAGCUUUCGAGCCUUGUGCUCUGUAAAGUGUCUUCUCCAACCUUCCCCCCAAGAUGUUAUUGGACUACUGAUUUCCUCAUCCUUGACAGUUGCCCAGCUGAUGGGACGAUGGAAGUUGUUGGACUACAACAUUUGGGAACAAGGUUAGGGAAGGCCGCUUUAGAACAUUGGAUCAUGAGAAAUCGGUUACAAUUAGCACUAGAUCAGGGAUGGAAAACUGUAGCCCUCUAGCUGUUGUUGGGUUUUUAGCCAGUGGUGAGGGAUUGUGGAAGUUGUCCAGCUGCACAGGUUCGACAUCUGCAUUACAUAGUGUCAGUACUGCAUUUGAACCCGAGAAGUUUGUGUGAGCUUUAUGGAUCCCAUUUUGGACAUCCUAACAAUGUGAGGAGUUUGCCUUCUGAUGCUUCCUGAUCUGGGGUUUUGAAUCAGAAGAGAGUGAUCCAACUAACUGAUCUUUAGAGGCAGAGGAGAAUGAGCGCAUAAGGUAUGCCAGUUUUCAUACUUGAAGAGUAUAUCAAACAAGCAGGUAAUACUAAUAAGGUGGCCUUAAAAGUGCUUAUCCAAAUAAUGGAGGGUCUUUUGGUAAGAAAUCAACCUUGUGUGUGAAAUUACUUACAUGUUGGCAACUUAAUGUCAGGGGUGUCCGCAGUUAUAGGCUGCAUCCAUUUACAGCUUUUAUUGGGCAUGUGGCCCUCCAGGCCUCUCUAACUAGCACUCGGGACUCUCUCCAGGCCACACUCCCUCCUGAGCCACCAGUCCUGUUUGCACUCUCAUUUGAGUACUUUUGCCUGGCUGGAAUGUUUUUGAUCAUGCUCCUUGCUUCUCUGGCUGGAACGUAGUAAGGGAUAUGUGGAUGUGAAGAAAUUAGCUUAGUAUACAAAGGUAAAAAGUUCACAUGCAUUGCUUUGCCUGCUUUUUCCUUCUGGGCGUCCCCAACAGUGGCACAUGGCUUCUGGAAAGUUGUCUAGAAGGGAAUGUGGACCUUGGACGGAAAAAAUGUUCCCCACCUCUGGCUAAUAUUCAGGCUUUUGUUGUACAUACAGUGGUAUCUCGGGUUAAGAACUUAAUUCGUUCCGGAGGUCUGUUCUUAACCUGAAAUUGUUCUUAACCUGAAGCACCACUUUAGGUAAUGGGGCCUCCUGCUGCCGCUGCACGAUUUCUGUUCCCAUCCUAGAAUCAUAGAAUCAUAGAAUCAUAGAGUUGGAAGAGACCACAAGGGCCAUCGAGUCCAAUCCCCUGCCAAGCAGGAAACACCAUCAGAGCACUCCUGACAUAUGGUUGAUAUGCUCCUGAUAUUGCUCCUGAAGCAAAGUUCUUGACCCGAGGUACUAUUUCUGGGUUAGCGGACUCUGUAACCUGAAGCGUAUGUAACCCGAGGUAUCUCUAAUGCAUCCACACUGCAGUCUCCUUUGGGGCAACACUUAGAUGUAUUCAGGGCUUAGUGAAUGCUGUAAUCCUGCACAGAGGCAGAUUUUAAAUAUUCUGCCCAGAAGGCAGCAUCCUGAGGCACUCUGCUUUCAUGGUUUAAAGUGGGAGUGAAGAUGUGUACAGAUAUGCCUACUACAUCUUAAGUAGAGGAGUGGGGACAUGUGAAUAGGAUUCCCACUGGUUAGAAGGGUAGGGUUUUGAUGCCCUGUGUAGAUUCUUGUUCCUCAUUAAUAAUGGAACCAAAAUAAAUUAUGCAAGAUAAGCAAGUAUAUGUAAGCAUGAAUAAUUUAUAAUUAGCUAAAUUUAGAUUUUCUGAGUACAGAAUUUUGAUUUUGGUGCACACAGCCCUCCAUUUACAGCCAGUCAGAAUUUAAUCUCUGGGACCUUCGUCUGUGGCACCUGAGCUUCUGAGAAAAUGUAAAUGCAAGAAAGUGCCAUAUUUGUUUUCCUACAUUAACUUUCUGUGUUUUUCUGAUCACUUGGACCUCUUUCACUGCUUAGGUCAGGAUGCAAAAGACAAGAAGCUCAGAUGUGCACACCAAGCUGUCUUGCAUAGCUUGCAUAUCAAUUUCUGCUUUCAAUCCAGCCUUGCGUGCUGGAGGUAGAUUUUUAGUCUGCUUGGUGUGCGUUUCUGAAAUUGGGACUGCAAAUCUAAUUGGAACAGUUUAAAAAAUGAACCAGUGUAAAAUGAAAGGCUACCGCAGGUUAGAUUCUGGUUGCAGUUGAGCUGUUUUAUCCAGUAGCCACCAGUCAAUGAUAUAUUGAACACUAGCAAUAUAGUGCAUUUCUCUUACUUCCUGUUCUGGGCACCAAGGAUUGGGGGAUCUGAGAACCAUCUCAGUUGUUAACUGAAUACAGAAUGGAUUUGGGAGCGUUAUGCUUUUUCAUAUUCAGUACUCUAGGACAAGAGAAAUAAUUAUUCUCUUAUAUCAGCCUAGUUGAUGGUAAGGGAGAAGAGGUAUCAUGAAGGUCAAGGAUUUCUGUAGCUCAGGGGUAGGGAACCUGGUGCCCUCCAGAUGUUACUGGAAAACAACUCAUCAUCCCUGAACAUUGCCCAUGCUGGCUACCACUGAUGGAGUCCAAAGAUAGAUUCCCCACCCCUCCUCCAGCUGCUUCAUACCCUAAUUCUAUUCUAAAUACCUCACCUUGACAUCUUUCUAGUUGAUAAUACUGUAGUCUUGCUGAGUUUGAGAAUUUUUGCUCUGGGGAGUGAAUGACUGGGGGUGGGAGAGGAAUUAGCAGUCAGUUGCUAUUUUAAUGGGAAGUGGAAGAGAGCAAAGUGUGUAGAAAAGCACUUUAAGGGCAUGGUGAUGCUCUGGUCAUUUGCUUCUGCUGUGUAACACAGGACCAGUAGUGAGCAAAACAACAGACUAAUUUGUUUAUUACCAAAUCUGGCUGUGUAAAGAACAGUGUUUCUUCUGAUGGAGCCAACCAGGCAUUGGGGCAGUGACGUGGAGCAUAGGACAAGUGUCUUUAAAAAUGCCUUAGUCAUAAAAAAAGAAAAUGUGCUAAAAGGUUGUGACAUAGAAUUACGUUCAUGGAAUUGGAGGUCUUGGUUGUUGUUUAGUCGUAUCUGACUCUUCGUGACCCCAUGGACCAGAGCACGCCAGGCACUCCUGUCUUCCACCGCCUCCCGCAGUUUGGUCAGACUCAUGUUUGUAGCUUCGAGAACAGUGUCCAACCAUCUCGUCCUCUGUCGUCCCCUUCUCCUUGUGCCCUCCAUCUUUCCCAACAUCAGGGUCUUUUCCAGGGAGUCUUCUCUUCUCAUGAGGUGGCCAAAGUAUUGGAGCCUCAGCUUCACGAUCUGUCCUUCCAUUGAGCACUCAGGGCUAAUUUCCUUAAGAAUGGAUGGAAUAGGUUAUUUUGGAAAUUUCCCAAAUAUUGGUUCAGUAAAUGCUGAUUCACAUAUUUCAAGGAAGAUCUGGGACUCUUGGAGCCCUUGAUCAUUUUGGAUCUUUCUUCUCUAGUUGCUUGGACUGCUGCGUGUAGUAGGACACACUAGGAACCAAUACUUAUACUAGUAUAAAAAUGGAUACUCUGGCUAUAGAUUGUGAGAGAACGUUAUUGUCAUUCAACUUUUGGAGGCAUAAAUGCCCCCCUUUCUACAUGGUGGGCAGGCAAGUUAGUUUGAUUGUUUGUUUCUAGAAAGCUUCAGGAAUUAGGAUAUACUCCUAGGGUUCUGAAAUCUUACUGUCAGUCUCAUGGUUGCAUAUAAUAAAUGGCUGACCUAGGACUGCAACCCGGGCAUUCAUGAGUAACAAUGCCCACAAGUUACCCUGUGUUUGAUGUGACUGGUUUAUGGAAGACCUGAAUGACUGGGAAGGGAGACUAUUGCUGCAAUAAAAGCAUCAAAGGGAUCACUGAUGCUUUCUGUAGUGUGUGAUUUGGCCGAAAAUUCCAGAUGUGUGAAUCUGAGCUUUGCCUACCCAGGAACUAUGCGUUUCUACACACACUUGCUGCUAUUGUGUAUACCACUUUCAGUUUGCAUUGAAGGAUUCUCUUAUGUACACAAUUGAGAAUGCGCAAUAUUUGAGGUUCAGGAUGCACUGCAUCCUCUCAGAUAUAUGGGAUGUCUCUUGUCAAUUAAAGUCAUUCCUGUCCUGGCUGACAAGGCAUUGAAAAGUGGGGUCCUGUGUUUGGAAGUUAAUGUUUCAAGGAUGUCUUGAGUAAUGAGCAGCUGCUCAUUUGCUUUCCUAGGCCAUUUCCUGUAAAGUUCUUUCAGAUGGAGAAAGAUGGUGUUUGGAGCAGUAUAACAGCACCAAGCUGUUUCUUCUUUUCAUCCAAAUCAGAUACUUCAGUCUUGAUACUCAUUCUGUUUGGAGACUACUGACUGUAGUGGAGUAAUUAAUCAGACAUGGCCAAAAUAAACAUGGUUGGCACCAAACAUUCGGUGAUAAUGCCUGCUUGUGGAAUGGAAAUGGACUUCUUCCCUGCAGAUCCCAACAAUCUGGUUUCUUUGUCCUCUCUCCAGUGCCCUUCAUUCUCCCUCAAUGAUAUCUGAUUUGGGGUGUGUGCAAAGGGCUUCAGGGGAAUGUGUAAGUGGACACUCACAUUGGAUCUCACCCUGUAUUACUCAGGAUGGACCAUGAUUUAGAGUGGGGAUAAAUUGCGAUGUAACUAGUGCAAUUAUUCUGUGACGAAAGAGCAAUAAAAUGUCAGGAGAUUUAGUGUAAGUACAGAGGCAAUAUACAGGGGAAAGUCAUUGUGUUAGUGCGAGGAAUCCUGUCUGUGCAACAGAAUUUCCUCUCUUCUCCCUGUCAGUUCCUCCACCCUCAAAUCUCUUCUGGGGGGUUCCCCCAACCCUCCAGAGCAGAUUUGGAGAUGAUGUGCCAGAAGAGGAGAAGGAGAGCAGUUUUUCUUCUGCAUAGAGAAGUCCUUGGACAAAUGGGAUGACUUCAUUGGAUACAAACCAUGGAUAUAUACUUGCAGUAAGGUAGAAUUUUUGUUCUCCAUUGAACUACCUAUUGACAAUACGGUAGGAUCUUUAGUGACUAAGUCACAGAAAUUAUCAACUCAGUUUAACAAAGGUGGGCAAUUCAGUUUGGGGAAAGAGACUGAAAAUAAAACAGACAUUUCAAUACAUUUAUGGUACGGAUAUAUUUAGGAUAUUGAUUCAGUGGUUCAGAAAGGAUAUGAAUUCGUCCAAAGUCUUUUUUCAAACUGUUUAAAUUAGUAGCCGAUACAUGUUAACUAAAAGUAUCCCUAUGUCUGUCCUGAAUCUACUUCUAGUCAACUUUGUUGGGUGCUGUCAAUUUCUAGUAGUGAGAGAGAAGAAAAACAAUUCACAAGUUUCUACUUCUCAAUAGUAUUCACAAUUUUUUAGAAAUUACAAUGAUUUAUUUUAAAUAAUUUUUAUAAACUGUCAACUCAAAAAAUAUCAAAGUGAUAUAAAAUGAAGUCACUUAAACAUAACAUUAAAGAUAAGGAACAAAGUCCAACACUGAAUUGAAUUAAACCAAAUUAAGUGAUUCCAUUUACUUCCCUCCUCCCCACUUUAUAAACUAUAAGGCCACAAAUGUUUUACAACUUCUUCCCAAGGUAUGGUUACCAGUUUUUUUUCAAUGAAUCCGGGGACACCUUUUCCCCCCUCUUUUUUUUUGAAGCUGUGUAGCAACAGGGAGUCAGUAGUGGGGAUGGUGAGGCAAAAGACCCUGGGCCCAAGCACACAUGCAUAUUGUAUAAAGGUGCAAAGCCCUUCUUUCGCACCCUGUGAAACAUAAAUGCGCAGAGUUUUAAAAAAACUGGGCAAUGGCGUGCUGCCCGCCCGUGACUCCCAAGCCUUCCCCGAUCUCCUGACCCCUUCCCCCUUUCUUUUGACAGAUCGGGGGAGGCUUUGGAGUCACGGGCGGGCAGCCGUUACCCAGGAGGAAUGCACAAGGUGUGUGGCUUCUCUGCUACACAAGGUGCAAAGCCCUUCUUUCACACCCUGUGAAACAGAAAUGCACAGGAGGGCAACGGCCACCCGCCCACAACUCCCAAGCCUCCCCCGAUCUGUCAAAACAAAGGGGGAAGGGGGCAGGAGAUUUGUACCGCUGGACGUCCCCAGUUCCCCUUUGGCAGUGGCAGCGAGCAACUCCUGAAGCCAGCCAGAGCCAACUGCGCUACCAGGCUGGCUCCGGGCUGCUGAGGAUGCCGCUGCCACGUUUCCCGGGGACAGAUUUGCAAAUCUUGGGGACAUUCCACGGACGGAAUUUGUCCGGGGACAGAUUUGCAAAUCCGGGGACAUUUGGGUAACCCUAUGACCUAAGGGAGAUGCAUCAUCCCAUUACAUCAUUACAGUUCCUUCUCUGUUCCUUUCUAUCUAACAAUACACGUUUUCUAGAUAAGUUGCCUGAACUGUACAUGAAAUUCUAAAAGUUUCUGUGCCAUGUAUCUGUGUAAUGGCAUGACUGGACCGUAAAGUUUUAUUUUCAUUAAUUUCUCCAAUACUUAACUUGCCCUUUUCAGUCCUAUGAUACCCUGAGCAGAGUUCUUCUAUGACCUUAAAACAUUUCCUGGAGAGUUACUGUGAAUUUAGAUCAACAUCAUCUGAAUGUGUAAAGUUAGAGUGUGUGGUACUUAGGUAUGUCAUUUACACUCAAUAAGAUUGAGGGCUCUGCUCAGAAGAAAAUACUUGGUGAUGUACAAAGCAGGUUGGUUUGCCUUGUACCACUUCAGAGAAUCCCAGCUUGGAUUUGGGUCUAAAGCAGAGCCUUGCCGCAGAAAAUCUAAAGCUUUCCAGUGAACAGGCUGGGGUAAUCAACAACUAGCUCUUUGCCCCCUCUUUACAAUUAGAUGAAGUUAGCCUCUUCUAAGUAGAUAGGUAAAGGUAAAGGUACCCUUGCCCGUACGGGCCAUUCGUGUCCGACUCUAGGGUUGCGUUCUCAUCUCGCUCUAGAGGCCGUGAGCCGGCGCCGUCCGAGGACACUUCCGGGUCACGUGGCCAGCGUGACGAAGCUGCAGCUGGCGAGCCAGCACCAGCGCAGCACACGGAAACGCCGUUACCUUCCCGAUAUAAAGCGGUACCUAUUUAUCUACUUGCACUUAGGGGUGCUUUUGAACUGCUAGGUGGGCAGGAGCUGGGACCGAAUGACGGGAGCUCACCCCGCCACGGGGAUUCGAACCGCCGACCAUACGAUUGGCAAGUCCUAGGCACUGAGGUUUUACCCACAGCGCCACCCGCGUCCCCACUAAGCAGAUAAAGCUUGCCAAAUUUCAUACAGAUAGGUGCAGGGGUUGUUUUGCUAGGCCCCCUUUAAAGUUGUGGGGUGGAUUUGAACUGAAUUUGGCAUUUUUGCCACUCCUCCCAGUCGCUGCCUUGGGGCAAUGUGAACUUUACACCCUCCUACUUUUUCCUUGACAGAGAGGAUGACAUUUUCCUGAAGCAUGGAAGUAUACUGCUUGUCUACAAUUAUGACAUCAUAGGCUUCAGGUGCUCAAAAAACAGGUACAGGUGAGAAGGGGACAUGUGCAUACUUAUCCUGCACCAAUGUCCUUGCUUGCUCCACUCACAACCUUCUUGUGUGAAGUGGAAGGUCUGAAUGGGGCUUGGUAAGCACAUUCAAACUCCCUUCAGACCCACUUUUUGGGAGGGGAGAGGAGAGUAGGGACAUGGGGAUGAAGACCUCUAUGCAAGUCCUUGCACCACCUCUGAAUAUCUGAAAGGGCACACUCACACAUAACAAAGUACACACAGGAAGAGUUCAGUACUACCCAAACACAUAUAAUGUUUUCUCUCUCUUUUUUUAAUGCUGAACUUAAAUGCAUGUACAACUUGGGUCACAGUGAGGGAGUCAGGGGUGAAGGCAAGUGACUUCAGUAUAGGAACACAGGAAGCUGCCUUGCACUGAAUUAGGCCAUUGGUUUAUCUAGCUUAGUACUGAUUGGCAGUGGCUGUCCAGCGUUUCUGACUUUAAGGCUCUCUCUGACCCCUACCCGGAAAUGGAACCUGGGACAUUUUCCAUUAAAGGAGCUGCUCUUCCAAUGAGCUAUGGCCCUGCCUCGCAAUAAUAAAUGCCCCACUAAUAUGAAUAAUGAGAAAGACACAGUAAGUGAAAUGAAAAAUAAGAGCAUAAGGGAUUUGUUGGGAAAUUAUGGAAUGAUUUUGAGAAUGAUUUCUCUGGAUAUAGGUAAUGACUGGUUGGGAUUGGAAUAAGAUUGGAUGGGGAACCUGUGGCCCUCCAGAUGUUUGACUAAUGUGCCUGUCAUUCUUGGCAAUAGGCCAUGCUGGCUGGAGCUAAUGGGAGUUGGGGACACAGGAGGGCCAGAGGUCCCCCAACCCUGGUUUAGAUAACGUAAGACAAAAAGCAACCACCAAAACUUCACCAUAAACUCCUUUGUGAUCUUUGGAUGAAGGGCUGUAUAGAAAUUUAAUAACUAAGUCGUAAAAUAAUUACUGUUUCUAAAAGUGAACUAGCAAACAACAAUGAAGAUUGGUGGAAUUGUUCAGAUACAUCACUCGCAAAAGCACUCAUGAGUAAGCCCUAAAUGGAAGCUGGAGCUGCCAAUCACAAAACUUCAACCUCUUCACGCAGGGUGCUUUCUCUUUCUGGAGAGCUUGGUUGUAUUAACAUUUAACUGACUGUUUUGGGGUGUCUAUUUCACUCUCCAUCCUGCUGACUCCAGAUGAUUCAGGAAUACAUUCAGUGACACCAGUGCUAAGACAUAUCAAUGAAACUUCUGUUUACGUACCAAAAGUUAGUUGCACUUGUAGGAUUCCUGUGUGCUUCUUUUCUUACCCCACUGUUAUUAAACUAACCUACUUACCUACUACCUCGUUUCACUAAACUUGUCCUCCUUAAGCACUGCAUUGGAAGAUAACCAAUUUAACAGCCAGUUUAUAAAACAAGAUGCAGGAAGAGAUCCAGGAAAUUACACACCUGUCAGUGUAAUGUUGGUCCCUUCUCUACUGUAAAUCCACUUUGCCACAAUGUCUUCAUCAACCUUAACCAUUGUUAAAAUGAGGCCAGUGAGAUUCCCUGUUAAGCAGGGGUUGAAGCAGUUUUGCAAGACCAGAGUUAAAAGGGUGUUUGGUUAGUAAGAAUAGUUAAUGUCACGGCGGACGUAUGGUUAAGGCUUUGAAGGGAAGAGCAGAGAUUUACAGAUCAAUGUAUUAUGGCUGCAGUGACUUUCAGAAGCAGAAGUAUGCAAAGUAAGAGAAGCCACUGCGCAGUUAACAUUCUUCCAGAUGAAAUCAGUAGACAUAAUUAAGAAACGGCAGGGCAUAGUCUACUAAGGCCUGUCCUGUCUGCAGCACAAAUAUUAUAGAAAACCUUGUCCAUUCUUUAUGAAUAUACCUUUAACUUUUUAUUAGAAAAAGGAGGAUUUGAGGCUUUUGAAAUACUGAAGAACCAAGGGGGGGGAUGAUGCUAAUGUUUUAAAAUACAGCAAACCAUGUGGGAAUAACCAGGUAGCAUCCUCCUCUCCUGCUGCUUCAUAUACAAGAAUUUCCUUGUUCUACCUACCACCAUCAGUAGCAUGCAGUCUCUACUCAUUUUCAGUUCUUACAUGGUUCUUUGUCUGGAGGUUGCAGGCUUUUGUUUUGCUGAAAUGACAUGGAUUAUAUACCAUUAUUUCUGUAAAGAUGUUUGUACAUUAGUUGCACUAUAGCAAAAGAUGAGGUCAUGGGGACUUAAGAUUGUAAAGUAGCUGAGUUCUAGCAUUAUGAAACGAUCAGUUGCACAUCAGAUCAAUUAGCAUGAUGUCUACAGUGAAAAUACAUUUGAAAAGGAAGUUGCCAAGAAGGAGAUGGCUCUUUAAACUAGUUGUGGAAUGUUUGUCUUCUUUAAUGACAGAUGUCUACACAACUCCCCCAAAAUGAAGCAGUGUACAGAAAAAGGGUGACCAAUACUACAUUAUGGUGUAGUUGACAGCACAUUGUGUAUGUAUCAGCAGCAGAUCAUAUGAAAAACAGCUGAUCUAUUUUCAUGCACACAUUCUGGUGAGGACAGGGAGCUGAUGAUUCCAUGGAUGCAUGGGCUACACACAGCCCUGAAAAUAGCUAGCAAAUGAGCUAUCACCCAAAGUGAAGAAGAAGUGUGUAUCUGUACAUAAACAUGAACAACAGAAACUAGACUGGUUUUGCCAUCUUAGUGCGACUUAAUGUUUAGGUGGAAGGUAUAGGAUGCUUUUGAGAUGAAGCAAGAUUUUUGGCCAUAAUUAGUUUUCACAUUGCCAUGCUGAUGUUGAAAAUCUGGGAUCAGUGCAUUUCCCUGGAACAUGUAUUUCUAGUAAACAUGGUAGCAGCCCACUGAUGGAAUAAAAUGGAUAUCUGUUUUGGUGUCCAUGUGAAACUGUGUCUAUACAGAUGGUACAUAUCAGGAAUUGUUCCUCUUUGCUGGACAAGGUCUGCCCAGCUUGGGAUUGCUGGUGAUCGGGUUCCCUUCUAUAUCUUUUUGUCUGCAGUUCAGCACCACUCUACCUCUAUUUAGUAGAAGCACCUUCAGAUCUGGCCUGUAGACAUAACUGCAAAGUGUCAAGUCUAGGUAAAUAUGAAUGAUCCCAAUUUCCUUCGUAUCUUUGUUGCAUUUGCAUGUUUCUCUGUUUGGCUCAUUCCAUUAUUUUACUGAAACAUCUUUAGUAGCAUAGUUAGUCCAACUCAAAUGAAACUAAGAUCAGCAAGCCAUCUAUUCUACUGCUGUCUGUUACCAGGCUGUACAAUGAAAGACUUCGCAAGUCAAACCCAGCCCACGCAUCAUGAAUGGUGAUCCACUUGGCCGCAAUAAAACUAGUGUCUGGAACUGGGAAAGCAGAUUGUCAAGUGUGUGACAAGCCACAAUUCCUGUCUGUAGGGAUACAUUAGAUUUUUAGCUGGAGUUGCCUACGAUCUUAUACAAAAGUAUGCACCCUAGUAUUGGCUUGUGCCACCUUACAGGGUUUAAUACCUCACAUUUUGGUCAGUUCAGCCUCAUGGCUAGGAAGUUUUAAAUGCCUGCAUGACGUUAAAUACAAAUGGUAAUUCUCUCUGUGCAUCCCAUUCCAUUGGGAAGACAAUUUGAGUAGCAGCAUUAUGUACAAGGAUAGAUAUUCCAUUGCUGCCAUCAAGUGGGUAUUUGCUGGUGGGGUAUUCACAGGGGUGAUUAGCAAGUGGAUACUUCAUUCUUGCUGCCUGGAAAAAAUGUUCUCACAUGGAGCCACUUGACAUGUUACAAACUUCCUACAUGAAAGAACAUGGAUUUAUAUUUGAUAAAAGAAUUAUUACAUUUUAUAAUCACUGCUACUAAUAGGUAGGAAACUACCUCACACCAGGUGAUACUUUUGUCCCUGACGCCUUGUGCUGUGUGCUCUGAUUGGUAGUGUCUUAGGCGGAGAUUUCCCCUGCCACUGAAUCACCUACUUUUUGACUUUUAACAUUGGAAAUGUGAGGUAUUGAAUCUAGACCUUCUGCAUGAAAAGCAUGUGCUUCACUUCUGAGCUAUGGUCCCUUCCCAUAGAAUACGAAACGUGCGUCUCAGUCUUAGGUAUAUGCCAAGAAGUGGUGAUGUGUGUGUUUAUGUACAUGCAGCAAAACGUGUGUGUGAUGAUCAGAAAUGACUCUGGGCAUUUGUAACCUGUGAACUAAGCAAAUUAAGGGGACUGUUGACAGAUUUCCUUGUUCAUUUUGUGUGAUAGUCCCUGUAGGUCAUCAGAAGUGACAUGAUCGUUGAUCUUUUUCUGGCCCUUGUUUCCUUUUGAGUAUAGGAAAAGAUGCUUUCCUGUAGCAUAUAGAAUUACAGGUUUACAUAUGGAAGCUUGUUCAUUCUCAAACUAUUAUCCCCCCCCCAUUAAACCACUUUUAACAUAACCUAAAAGGCCAAUAUACCAUAUUCUGUAAUGAAAAGGUCUGUUGCACCAAUAUACGGUACUUGAUAAAAUUUAAAACUUGAUGCCUAUGGUUAACUUACUCUCUAAUCCCUUCUAGGAGAUGGUGUACUAAGAGCCAGCAGUGUUGUCUUCUGUCCAGAUUGUGAAGACAGUUUGUAUUUCGCAAUUUACUGUUGA